CAAACAAUUCACAUACGCGGUAUCCGAUAAGGGACCGUUUACUGUAUUUGUUCAGGCUAAAACAGGCAAUGUGGGUAGCAUUGAUCCCCUAUCUUUAGAACCAUUCAGCGGUAGACAGAACGUGUUCGGAAUAUGGAAGACAGAAAAAGAUUAAAGAAGCUAUGGCGGUUCACAAGUACACAUAUUACGAAGCAAACAAUUUAUACAAAAACAAUAGAAGAAGCUUAGAUCUAAGCCUAAGAGAAUUUCCAGUUCUACCAAAGGACAACAGAAGUAGAAACCAUACAGAAUACAACACAAAAAUACCGGCAACUAUAACCAGACAAACAUACUCACAAAAACUCAAAGAGAAAAAAGACAAAUCUGAUCAGGAGAACAACAUAAGAAGUAUAACCACAUACUCACAGAGGAAAAGACCACAACCACAAAUACCAGGAUAUAACCAUGAGGAGCAUAAGAGGUGCAUUAUAGAUACAACACAGAAAAAGGGCCAAACAAUUCAGGAAUGGGAAAGAACCAGAAGACAAACAGAAAAUGAGGACAAUAUUUGGACGGACCAUGAACCACUCAAGGAGGGAAAAAUAUUGGAUAGAACAAAGGAGAGCAAUUUAAGAUUGACAUACAAAGAGUGCCAAGAUAACAUACAUCAAGAAGUAACAAACAAAAACAUACAUAUCCUACAAGACUACAAACUAGUUCAAACAGCAGACUUAGUACAUAAUCAAGACACAGAAGAAAUAGAAAGUUAUGAUCCAGAUUUUGAAAUGAACAAUAGUUCAUUGGAUGGAAAUUUGUAAAAAUGUAUUAACAAAUUAUUGUAUACUAUCAUAAAUAUACUCUAAUACAUAAAAUAUAGAAAUACCUCAGCAUA